AUGGAGUGGAAUAUGGAGUACUGUAUGGAGCAGGUUAUGCAGAAGGACCUGGGUCGGAGACUACAGGUAGGCCAGGACAUCAUAGACUCCAUCCUGGACAAGGACAAGUUCCAGGACUUGGAGCAGGACCAGACCAUGCUGGACAGAAUGGUGGAUGGUGUUGCUACCAACUGGGUCAACUCCAGCAAUUUCAAGGUGGCUUUGUUGGGAAUGGACAUACUGUCAGCUUUAGUAACAAGACUUCAGGAACGGUUUAGGACACAGAUUGGAACUGUUUUGCCGAGUUUGAUAGAUCGACUAGGCGACUCAAAGGACCAAGUCAGAGACCAGGACCAAGCUCUUCUACUAAAGAUCAUGGAUCAAGCUGCUAACCCACAGUAUGUAUGGGAUCGAAUGUUAGGAGGAUUCAAACACAAGAACAACAGGACCAGAGAGAGUGUCUGCAUUUGCCUUAUCGCCACGUUAAAUAUAUGGGAGCUCAAGGCUUGA